AUGACGGAGCGGAAGUUCACUCGGGGCCUCAACAAGCCGGGGAUGGCGGCCCAGCUGCGGGAAAACAUCUCUCAAGUCGUACGUGAAUCCACUUCACUUACAAAACCGGUCAUAGUGGAGCCAAUCGAUUUCGAAGCAUUCGUCCUGAAGAACCGCACACUCAUCCAGAACGAUCCCCAGCGGGAGUUGCUGCUCUACCCGAACGACGAUGUGUCGGAAGUGCUGCAGCCGAAAAAGUUCCGCACCGUGCACAGUAACAUUCCGAGUCAUUGCGUUCCGGCAGUGGCGACAUCUGGCGGUGCCAGCGGAUCGAUCAACGGAAGCGGCAAAAAGCGCAACAGUGAAAGCAGCGGCGGCGGAAGCGGCGGAAGUGGUUCGGCUGCAGCCAGUCGCAACGGAACCCCAACCAGUACCCGGUCGCUGUCGGUAAGCUCGGUCGGAAGUCCUUUCCCUGGCGGGGGGCUACUGCUGACCCGCCAGGCGCUACACACCUACGAAUCGCCCAAUCACUUGAUACACUACAAGUACAGCAAGUACGGCGGAACAUGCUACGAUCUGCCGCGAGUGUCUCCGUCGGAGGAGCUGAAGGAGGAAGUGUACGAGGUGGACACCGAUCCGGACCGGAUGGAUGAGCAGAUGACGCGGUCGCAGGCGGACACGAUCACCAAGCAGGGCUACCUGCUCAAGGGUCCGGACACGAACUCGGACCGUAUGUUCGCCCACAUCGGCUCGAAGUCGUUCAAGAAGCGCUACUGCUAUCUGCGCCAGGAGAUCGACGGCACGUACAUCCUGGAGCUGCACAAGGACGAGAAGCAGGUCGAGGCGAAGGCGACGAUUGUGAUGGACUUCUGCACGGAGGUGGUGCCGAACCCGAAAAAGGGUCGCUUCUGCUUCGAGCUCAAGAUGAACGCCGGCCAGCACAAGUCGGUCACGCUGGCGGCGGACGACGAGACGGAAAUGGACGACUGGCUGCGUAAAAUCUCCUCCGUGUUGCACCAGAACAAGCUGCAGGAGGACAAGCGGGUCGCAUCGCUGGAACGUGCCGUGGUACCACCGCCGGCCAGCCCGAGUACGAUGCAGUUCGGCACGUUGAAGGGGCUGGAGCAGAGCAUGAACCCGCAGCUCAAUCGGUACGCCCGGGAAACGGAUCAGUCCAUUGCUCAGGCACGACGGGAGCAUCGAAAGCGUUUGUUUGGCGGCCAACCGAUGCUGGCCGCUCAGCAGCCGAGCGGUGGCGGAAGUGGCGGUAGCGGUUCAACGACGAGUGGCGGCACUGGCACGGCGAAAGCGGAAACACCCGUUGAACCGUAUCGGGUGCAGUUCGGACAGCGGAUACUGAUCAAGUGCAAUUCGCUGCGGUUUCGGCUGCUCGGACAGAUCGAUGGCGUAAACGGAGCCCCACCGGCCGACUCCGAUGCACCGCUGUGUCAGAUUGAACCUUACCUUACCAGUGUUGCGCUCUACGAUGCUAGGGCUGGCCGGAAGUUGACCGAAAGUUUUCACUUCGAUCUUAACAAAGAGCACGUGCGCGACCUGCUAACUGGGUCAUGUAAAUCCGAGCGCCCUUUGUGUGCCUCCCCGAAAGCCUCCAAUAAAUCGCACCAUAACGGGAACGGUACGCUGAAACCGGUACGGGCCAAAUGCGACACCAGUGACGACUUGCUCCAUUCCGAGUGCGUCACCAAAGAGUGGCUGGCCCGGGCACGGCAGGCCAUCUUUAACGUGACCGUGCCACACGCGGACAUUUUCAUCGUCGUGCGGAUCGACAAGAUUCUGCAGGGUGCCAUCAAUGCGUCCGUAGAACCGUACCUCAAGGCCACCAAAGAUCCCAAAGUGUUGGGCAAGCUGCAGAAAACGAUCAAACAGUACGCCCAAAAGUGUGGCCACUAUCGGAUGCCAUUCGCGUGGGCCGCCCGGCCACUGUUUCAGCUGUACAGCAACGAUCUGGACGUUUCGUACGAGUUUCCCGCCAUCUACCGGCAGGAGGGCACCAAGCUGAAGGACGAAGAGCUGCUGAAGCUGCUGACUGAGUACCGUAAGCCGGAUAAGUUCAGUAAACUGACUGUGAUACCUGGCUCAUUGAAGAUUUACAUUGAAUCGCUAAACGAACUGCCCAACAAUUGCCUUACGAACAGUUUGGUACCAUUGAAUCCAUUCCCAUCCCCACCGGUUGACGACCCUACGCUGGAGGUCGCGGAAUUCGCCAACACCUCCGAGCAGUACCUUCAUCCGUACGUGCACUUUGUAAACCAUCUGUACGUCUAUCCGUUGCAUCUAAGCUACGACAGCCAGAAAAUAUUCUCCCGCGCCCGGAACAUCGCGGUCAUCGUGGAACUGCGUGACAGCGACACGACGGAAGCAAAAUCGAUCGAGUGCAUCUACGGUCGUCCGGGACAGGAGAUGCUGGUUUCGCAAAUGUCUUGCCCGGUGCUCCAUCACAACACCAGCCCAACGUGGUACGAGGAGAUCAAGCUGCGGCUUCCGUUGAACAUAACGGCACAGCACCAUCUACUGUUUUCCUUCUUCCACGUGUCGUGUAACAUUGCGAAGAAAAAGGAUCUGACCACCACCAGCACCGAAGCGCCCGUCGGGUACGCCUGGUUGCCGUUGCUGACGAAGGGCAAAAUCAACAUCGAGGAACAGUGCCUUCCGGUGGCGGCCUCGCUUCCGGCAGGGUAUCUCGCCAUCCAGCCCCUCGGACUUGGCAAGGGCCAGAACGCCGGUCCGGACGUGCAGUGGAUUGACAAUCAGCGUCCGAUCUUUACCGUCAACUUUCGGCUCGAUUCGACCGUGCUGACCACCGAUCAGCAUCUGCACAAUCUGUUCCUGCACGCGGAACGACUCUUGGAGCACUCGAAAACGGUCGCCCCACCGGACACGACGGAAACGUGCAAGAUCCUGAAAGCGGCCCAUGCCAUCCACAUCAGCUCGCUGAUCUCGUUUCUGCCGACCAUCCUGAACCAACUGUUGUCGCUGCUGGUGGCGACCACCAGCGAGGAAGUGGGCCUCAACAUCAUCCGCCUGCUCGUGAACCUCUUUCACCUGGUGGCCGAGGAGGCGAAGCGCAAAGAGCUGCUGGUGGCGUACGUGAAGUAUGUCUACAAAAUCGACUGCCAACCGGUGAACGGGUGCUCGCCGACGUCCCAGAACGUGAGCACCGUCCACGGGGAACUGUGCCGCCAUCUGCCGACGCUGCUGCAUCCGAACAAUACGGACUUUUUGUUGGUGAACAAGUUUAUGAAAUUUUCCGGCAUCUUCUUCGAGGUGAUCCUGAAGAGUAUGGCCCAGUACUUGCUGACGACGGGCCGCAUCAAGAUGCAGCGCAACGAGCGCUUUCCGAAGGAGUUUUGUACCCGUAUCGAGGCCCUGUUCCAAGUGUUGGUCCCGUACAUCAGCCAGCGCCAUAAGGACCUGCCGAUGGAAACGGAUCAGCUGAACCAGAGCCUCUCGGUGUUUGUCAAACGCUGCCUAUCGUUCAUGGAUCGCGGUUUUGUGUUCCGCCUGAUUCGACUCUACAUGGACCGCUGGGGUCCGGGAGACUCGCGCACCCUGCAGGAGUACAAGUUUGCGUUUCUGCGCGAAGUCUGCUCGCACGAACACUACAUUCCGCUCAAUCUACCGUUCAUGCUGAGCCCCAACAAUCGGGCCGCUGAUCUGCUGCAGCAGUUUUGCCUCUCGGAGGACUAUUGCCGGCAACACUUUCUCGUUGGCAUACUGUUGCAGGAGGUGAAAAGUGCGCUGAACGAAGUGAGCCACAUCCGGCGGUUGGGACUGAUCACGCUGAAGGAGCUGCUGGCAAAGCACGAUCUGGACGAUCGCUAUCAGCACAAAGGGCAGCAGGGUCGGCUGGCAAUGCUGUACGUGCCCUGGUUGGGUAUCGUGCUGGAAAAUCUGAACCGCAUUGCCGACGGGAUGGAAAAGAAAAAGCAUGACUCCGGUGGCACGAACCGUAUCUCGUGCAGCAGUAGCUACGUGUUUGCCCGUGAAUCACUGCCCGCCAUACACUCCGGCCAUGCGUCCGGUACCGCUACGACCACCGCUACGGCCUCCACGGUAACGUCCCAAACUAGCACACCAAAGUCUCGCAGCAACCGGGUCACGAUGUUCAUCGAAUACGCCAGCCCAAUCCGGUCUUCGUUGCAUCUGAAAGAUACCAGCUUUUUGGCAGCAAUCGCUGGCCAAACUUCGCUUUCGAAUGGCCACUCAAGCAGCUCGCUAAACUCCGAGUGCUCAACGCUCUCCCAAGACGGGACCGUUGUGAUUCGGAAUCAGUUCAACGAAUCGACCGCCAACUCGGCCCGGCCUAGCCACGCACGCUCGGUGAGCGUAACCCAACCGACCAUCAUCCAGCGGACGGACAAAUUUUCCGUCACCGAAACCAAAGACCUGCUGAUUAGCUUCCUGUUCGUGGUGAAGCACCUAGCGCCGGAGCACAUGAUCGCCUGGUGGCACAACUGCACCGAAAGCGAAACGGUCCAGUUCUUCACCGUGCUCGAUCUCUGUUUGCUGUACUUCCGGUACGUGGGCAAAAAGAAUGUCCAGCUGUUGGCCGACGGAGCGAAACAUCCGCGCGGUAGUAAAGCGGCCAAAGCGAGUACACUGCCGGCUCGGGUGUUACCACCGAGCAUCUUGAACGGCACCGGAGCAGAGUCUGGAGGUGUGGCUGGUGUCAGUGGUGUUUUCGAUUCCGGCACUCUGAACCACAAUCCGGUGAAUCGGGAAAAUUUAGUCGAAGAAACACAACGCCUAAGGCAGGCACUUUACGAGUCGAACCUUGCCACCGAAAUCGGACUGACCGUGCUCGACUGUACCGGUCUGUAUUCGCUACAGUUUCGUGACUCCAUGCUGGAGGGCUUGGUACUGCCGAAGAUAGCACGGAUUUACCUGCGGUUCCUGCAGCUGGGUCAAUCCGAAUCCCUCUCGAGGCACGUGUUCGCUGCGUUGCGUGCAUUCAUCAACAACUUCUCGCAGGCACUCUUCAAAGGGACGGCCAUUCUGUGCGGACAGCUCGUGUACGAGCUGCUCAAGUGUUGCGACAGCCGAUUGGCCAGCCUGCGACAGGAGGCGUGCGCCGUCCUGUAUCUGCUGAUGCGUAGCAACUAUGAGUUUAGUGGCCGUAAAGGGCUGACGCGCGUGCACCUGCAGGUGAUCAUCUCCGUGUCGCAGAUGAUCGGCAACGUGAUUGGGUUGAACAAUGCACGCUUCCAGGAGUCACUGUCGACCAUCAACAACUACGCCAGCAGCGAUAAGGCCAUGAAGAGUACGGGUUUCCCGAUGGAGGUGAAGGAUCUUACGCGGCGAGUUCGCACCGUGCUGAUGGCCACGGCUCAGAUGCAGGCGCAUCACAUGGAACCGGAGCGGUUGCUGGAACUGCAACAUUCGCUGGCAAACUCGUACGCUUCAACGCCGGAAUUGCGCCACACGUGGCUCGUGACGAUGGCACGGAAUCACGAACAGAACGGUAACAUCUCGGAAGCGGCCUGCUGUUACCUGCAUAUCGCGGCACUCAUUUCGGAGUACCUGAAGCUAAAGGGUUGCUGUCCGGUGGCGGGUGGAGCCGAGUCGUUUGGACGCAUUUCUCGUAACAUUCCGCGAGACGAGCGGGGACUGAAGCUGGACAGUGGAACGCAGGAUUCGCAGUACACCGAGCAGCUGCUGCUGGAUCAGCUGAAGGAGUGUGCGGAGUACUUGGACCGAGCCGAGCGGUUGGAGUGUCUCGGUGAACUGUAUCGACUGAUCAUACCGAUCCUGGAAUCGCGAAGAGAUUACCACGGGCUAACGCAGUGCUACGAACAUUUGACGCAAGCGUACAACCGAGUGAUUGAGUUCCACAAGUCAGGCAAACGGCUGCUGGGACGAUUCUAUCGCGUCAUUUUCUUUGGCCAGGCGUACUUUGAGGAAGAGAAUGGCGUAGAGUAUGUGUACAAGGAGCCGAAGGUAACGUCGUUGAGCGAAAUUUCGGAACGUUUGCACAAACAGUACCGGGACAAGUUCGGGAUCGAUAAUGUGAAGAUUAUGAUGGACUCUGCACCGGUUGAUCAAUCGACGCUAGAUCCAAAGAUUGCCUACAUUCAGGUUACGCACGUCACGCCAUACUACUGCAAGGAUGAGUUGGAAAUCAGACAGACCGAGUUCGAACAAAACCAUGACGUGGAUACCUUCAUGUACGAAACACCGUUCACGACAUCGGGAGCCGCUCACGGGGCCGUGGAGGAUCAGUGGAAACGACGAACUAUUUUGACGACACUUCACAGCUUUCCGUACGUUUUGAAACGUAUCCCGGUUCGCGAUCGACAAUCACACGAACUGACGCCGAUCGAGGUCGCCAUCGACGAGAUGCAAACGAAGAUUGCGGAACUGGAAGAGAUCGUGCUGGGACCGAUCGAUCUUAAGAAACUCCAGUUGCGGUUGCAGGGCAGCGUUGCGGUGACGGUAAACGCUGGUCCGCUGGCGUACGCUUCAGCCUUUCUCGAUCCUGCCAAAACCGGCACCAAGCAUCCAUUCGAUCGGGUGGAAGAGUUGAAGGAAGUUUUUCGUGACUUUAUCAAAAUCUGUUACACGGCCCUGCAGAUCAAUGCCAAUCUGAUUUCGUCCGAUCAGCGAGAGUAUCAUAACGUGCUCAAGGAGAACUACGAGAACCUUUGCUCGGCUCUCAGUGAUCUGCUGGGCGAGAUCGUCUAUCCGCUGGACGAAGGCAACAAUAACGCACACCGACACAGCUUAGCUCUGUUCAGUGCAAUCAGCGGUGCACCGACCAACUCGAGCACGGCGUAA